GGGCCAGGUUGCAGUGACAUGGUAGUAUUUGUUGAAUGGCACCGGACCGCUAUGGACCAGACGAGCAGGAGUGGUUUGCCAAUGACUGGUGAAGACACUGGUUUGGGGGCUUUGGCCUCACCACUGGCGGGGUAUUUGGGAAAAGUCAGUAGAGCUCCUGUUUUCCUCUCACUGUUGUCACUUGCGCAAAGCUGAAUUGAAUUUGAAAAAAAUACUGUGACUGGGCAGUACCAAUCCAAAUUCAACCAAAAAAAAAAAAAACCACAAACCAAAACACAAAUGGAAAUCUUUGGUAGUAAAAGGCGAAAGUUUUUGGUAAGCUUGAUGCUUAUAAUGAUGUGUGAAGUCAAAGACUGAUCUAUAUAAAGUAUUGUUCUAUGAGGAACUGUGUACUACAUAGAAAAUAGUUUUUUAAGUUUAUCUAUUUGAAAGAAAACAAUGGUUCAAUAUCACUGUUUUUUAAGUGUCAUGUACUUGCCUACUGAUUCUAAUUAAAUUCCUCUUCACAUGUGCCAUUCAGCCGAUUUCGAUGAGCAGAAAUCUGCAGGCAAAGUAAAAAAAAAAAAAAAGCAACCAUUAAAAUCUCUUUCAGCACUUCUUACUCUUACUUGUAUGCUCCACAUCUGCAAGGUUCAGGAAAGAGCUGCUUCACUCGAGUAUUGUCCCUGGUGCACUUCAAAAGGCUUGACUUAUGCUCUGCGCUCUUACCGCAUCAACCUCCAGGAGUCAAUCACCCUCUGCACAAACCCACAGUGCCUUUUCCCUCUGGUCAGCCGGUCCUUGGAGGAUGUGUUGGCUAGCUUGGAGCCCGUGGAGUCCACUGUUGGCAACAAAAGAAAAAAUGCCUUUGCACUGGAAGAGGAAGAGUUGAUUAAACCUGCCCACAAACGUCUGCGAUCAAGUGAACUCGACAGUCUUGGGCCACAAAGUACUGACGCACUAAUCAGCCAAGGAGAGCAUGGGGCUGUAAACGUUGUCAGUAAUGGCCAACAUGCAGCAACCGGGACAAAUGGUGAAAAGGUAAAUGGAUACCACAGGGAUUCAGCUGCAGCUGCAGAGACAGCAGGAUGGGAAUCGCCACAAAAUGAGGAUGAUGUUCUGGAAAGGGAACCAGAGAAUGCUGCUUCUACAGAUGGUUUUGCUCCUACUACGUGCUCGGCCUCAGGCGGACACCUGCAGUGCUCAUCAGACGCCUUGUCGACCGCUGAUGGGGAUGAUCCUGCGCUCUCUCACUGCAGGGCUCUUGAGAUAUCAGAGGUAGAGGAUGACGUCAGGCAGGCGAAGAGUCCUCCUGAGGCGCUGAGGAGAUGCUGUAGUCCGGAUUCCAAUCGGCCGUUUUCAGCAAACGAGGACGUUUAUUCAACUGAAAUCAAUACUCCAUUGCCUCAGCACAAUGAGCAGACAGCAAUGACGGGGCAGAAGUCACUGGCUGUAGACAUCACCACGUGUAAGGACGUAGGAAGCAUUAAGUCAGAAACUGCGAAUUUGUCCUCUACCGCGAUAACAGAGCUAGAGGAACUCGUACCUGUCCCGAAUCAGCUUUUCUGGAAGAACAGCGACAACCUGUGUUGGCUGGACUCGGUGCUUGUUGCUUUGGUAAACUGUAGGAGCUUGAGAAAGUGUAAACCUAAAGAUGAGCCUCAGCGGCCGUCUGUUUGGCGGCUGAUGAGAGAAUAUGAGGACAUUUGUGCUGCCAUCCAAGUCCACCAACAGCCUGACAGAGAUGGUGUUUUGAGGGUGCCGAACCGCGUGCUGCAAAAGGCCAGUGCAGAUCUACAGAGGCUCCGCAUGUCGAUCUUCAAACUACUGCAGCCCAAGCUGCACUGCAAACUGGGUCAGAUGGAAACUCCAGUGUUUUCCCUGCCGCUUCUGCUUAGGAUGGACUCUUGGGUGGACCCUCUCUUCCAAACGACCUUUCACUGGGAGUUCCAGUGCAGUGAAUGCAAAACUGCCACGAAAGAAAGGGUUAUGAAGACUCUCCCCACCUUCACAAAUAUUUUGCCUGAUUGGCACCCACUCAACGCUGUUCACUUGGCCCCGUGCAACGUGUGCUACAAGAGCAAUCAGAGGAGGACUAUGAUGCUGGAGAGAGUACCUCCAGUGUUUGAGCUGCACUUUGUAGAGGGGCUUCCUGACAAUGAUGUCAGAAUCUACACCUUCUCCUUCCAGGGGAAACGCUACUCCGUCACCACUGUCAUACAGUACAACCAGCAACUAAAGCACUUUGUCACCUGGAUUUGUAAUUCUGAUGGAUCAUGGCUGGAAUAUGAUGACUUAAAACAUCCAGACUGUAAGACCCAUCAAAAGCUUCCGGUCCCUGCGCAGGAGAUUCACAUUGUCUUCUGGGAAGUGGAGGAGGACAAAGAGCCUCAAGCCCAUUCUCCCUCCACCACUUUUGCAGAAUCUGCCCCAUCUAAAACUGAGACGAACCCCUGUCCGGGAGACAAACACUUAAUGGAGGAUGAGCUGUUGGCUCGUACUCCGGAUCACAGUCUUCUCAUGUCUCACAACAACACUGACAUCAUCUGUGCACUCUCGGCAUCUGAAGACAGCAGCAACAUCAUGGACACAACGGUCACAGCCGGUGUUGAUACAUCAAUAGGUUCCACAACGCUGCUCGACACCUUCGAAGGCCUUACCCAUAAUGACAUAAUUACGCUCACACUUGUGGAAUUAAAAGCUGAUUCAGAUAUACAGCCCGGAAACGACGACGGACAAACUCAGGAUUUAAGUGUUCCAGGCAGGAAUGAAAUGCUUGACUCUACACCGGAUAGCUCCUCCACUCUAAUCUGUAGUGAAAUGUCUCAAGAUCCUGAUGUUGAGCCUCCCCUCUCUAUCUCCAACUCAUCUGAAACUGACGAUGGCUCGUCUAGUGAUCCUACAUUUGUGCCCGGUGGCAGAGGAAGGAGGGGGAGAGGAACUGGCAGACGCCAAACCGCUAGCAGAAAAAUAGGUAAAACGGCAGCCUCGUCCAAAGCAGCUCCGCAUAUUUCACCACCUGCCUCUUCUGAGCCAUCCAAAGCAAUCAGUAACAAACCUGAGAGUGCUGUUCCUGCUGCUGCUGCUGCUGCUCAGGAUAACACACCACAAGUUGAAACGACACAGCAACUUUCCCCCGUUUCUUCUACCGACACGUCACCCCUACCCACUAUUCAGAAAACUCCCACAAUGCCACUAACGCUAAAUCAAAACACUCGCUGGUCCUUCUUGCUCAGCAAACACCCACUGCAUCAAAUUCACAAGCCGACUGAUAAACUCACCCCCGCGCCGGUCACACAAGUAAAGCCCACUCCUGUGUCUCAGUCUACCCCCAACCCUGUGAGAAAACAGCAGAUUUCUGUAGGGAUCUUCCCUAAACCGCAGCUCAAGACAGAGGAGAACGAUGCUCUCCCACUAAAGGCCGCAGAAAUGUACGGUGCGUUCGGUGCGAAGAGCCCACUCACCCCGAGUCCGCCACUCCCAUCUCCUGCACUCCUCAACGGCAAAUCUGUAAUUUCCGACCACCAGAAAUUAUUAACGAGCACUACAUUGGUGUCUGGUACAACACUUCAUAUGCCUGGAACAAAGGGGAUCCCCGAAAUAACCUCCUCAAAGAAACACAUCAGCCAGUCUUCAAAGGUUCCUCCGGGUCUUAGCGAGACUGAAGCCCUUAGGUACAAGCUGAUGAAGAAGCUGAAGGCAAAGAGGAAGAAGCUCGCCAAGCUGAAUGAAAAGUUAGGUCACCAGGGGAGAGCCAGCCUCCGACCGGACAGCACUGACCUGGGCUCUCCCAACACGGUCACCUCCAGCACCUACGACGGCUCCAUCUGCGAUGACUUCCUCUCGGACCUGCUCUCCCCGGCAACCACAGCCAGCAACCUUUCACCAGACAGCACCGACUUCCUUGAGAUGCUCGCCGGUCGGCAAGAUGCAGUCGACCAGCUGGACUGUGGAGCCGCUGGUGCAGUGUCACAGGUGAACACUUGCAUGAACGAGCCCAACACAGAGAACUUCCUGGAUGACUUCCUCUCGCAGGCUGUGGCUCAGAGACCGACUGACAUGGAGACCGAGGCACUCAGUGCACUUGAACUUUUUGUUUAGGCUGUGGUGGUGGAUGCUGUCUGCAAGCUCAAGGCACAGAUGACAUUGACCUUGAUUUUGCAAUCAUGAGGAAAUUAUGCAAAAUUGACGCGUUUACACGGGACAGCUGGUUCCACAUGAAGAUCUCUUGGUGUAUUUAUGUUGCUAUUAAUUAAGAUGGGUUAGUUAAGUUGGUAUGAUAAUGCAGACAGCAUGUUGAACCAUGGAUGAAAUUUGUAAACUGCAUCUUGAACUUUUGUUUUUUGCAACUUUGACACUUUGUAGUGUAUAUACUGUAUGUAACAAAUGUGUUUUAUGAAGCCAUCGCGUUUACAGUCACAGCUGUUUGUUUGCUCUGUUUUAUUUUGGGAAAUGACUUGAAAAUCCUCAUAAAAAAUGUUUUUCUGUGUAAUUUAAUAAAUACUAGAUGACUCUAGUCCGAAUGUC